AUGCUUUCCCUCGCAGGAAUCCCGCAGGCCCGCAUCGGGCCCUUUCAGUUCCACGACAACGGCACCGUCACGUUGGCAAACAGGCCGCUGUCCUGCAGCGUGAUGAUCCUAGACAACGACGGCGCUGCGCGCACCAUGUCGAGGGAUGAAACCUUUGGCUGCACGGACGCGUUCGUGUCCGACAUGCUCAUUUUCCACGACAACCGCCUUCUAAGCCAACCAAACGCCGUCUAUAGCGGGGACGACUGUCGCGCCCAGAUGGCAGUCAAGACCCUGCUCCGAGUGCUGUCUCACCGUCACGUCAGGCGAUACUUGCGCAGCGGGCCGUUUGCGCUCCAGCUUACGGACCUGCACGCGAGCAACAUCUUUGUCGACGAGGAGUGGAACGUGACGGGUCUGGUUGACCUUGAAUGGAUCUGCGCCCUGCCUCUGGAGUCUGGAGAUGCUCCGGGCGCCGAGACGAAAGGCGUGUGGUUCUGGCACUGCAUAUCAUCGGCCAAUGCCAUGUACUUGCUGCUUGAGAGCCAUCUGUGCCCGCCGGUGUCCCUCUCAAGUGAGGCUGAGGCCGCUGUCUCGACCUUUUGGUGCUGGGACGCCGAGGACGCGGUCUGGAACAAGCUCACUGGCAAGGAGGCGUAUGACGAUCCGGGCUUCUCACAUUUCAACUCGCAACGCAGUCCGACCUACGGCCACAGCGGCGAAUACGCCCCAGACUACUCUCAAAACUAUGGCCAGGCUUACCCCCAGCCGGCUGUGAACCAGCCCUCGUACAUGCAGCCCGCCUACGCCGAGAACGCGAACCUCAACACCAGCUUCGAUCAGGGCUACGCCCACCGCCAGGGCCUGACCCCUUCGGCCCCGUCGCGGAGCGUCCAUCGCGACAGCAUGGGCUUCAUCAAGACGAAGUGGUCCGCCGCCUUCAUGGGCGUCACGACCCUCCAGGCCAUCAUUUGCCUGGUCUUUGAGGCAUACGUCUUUGGCAAGUUCCAGACGAGCCUCGGAGAACACAGGGACCUGCCCAAAGUCCAAUCGCAGUACAAGACGAUCCCGACUUUCCUGACGCUCUUUAUCUUUGGCUUCUUAUACGAGCUGGUUGUGGUUUGGGACGCGCUGCGCAUGAAGAACACCAUUCAGGUCAUUGGAGUGUGCAUCGCCAACCUCGCCCUGCUGGUCUACACCGCGAUCCAAAUCGAACAAAUCCAGACCGCGAUCACGAUCUUGGGAGAAUUCAACGCCCUCAAACCCGAAACACUCAGCACCGAGCUCUGGGGCGAUGUGAAGCCCUACCUUGUUGCCAUUCCGGCUGUUAUUGGGCUUGCCACUGUGUGCAUGGGGUUUAUUGCAUGGAAGCUCUACCAAGAAUUUGCGUGGGACAUCUUGAAGAACAUUGGCGCCGACUACCGCAUGAAGAAGCGCUUUCUUCAUUACCAAAUCUAUAUCGCACUGCUCAAGUUCGACUUUUUCUUUUUCCUCGGUUUCAUCAUCCAGUUUGUCGUCGUCGUAGCCCAAAAGACAGAUCCCGAGUUCGCCUUGACCAUCGCCACGAUCCCUAUCACCAUUGGCAUCCUACUGGCCGCAGCAUACUUUACGCGCAAGGAGAACAAGCCGGGAAUGUUUGUCGUCAUCAUUCUCUAUCUGGGUGGCCUGUCAUACUUCAUUUUCAAGCUUGUUCGAAUCUACCAGCCGGAUCACAAGGACUCGUACCAGGCCGUCCGCCGGUCUCUCACCGCCUUUGCCGUCAUCACCAUCCUGCUCAUCAUCCUCACCAUCAUCAACGCCAUCAUCUGCCUGCGCAACUUCGACAACGGGCUCAAGGCCCAUCUGAUUUCGUCGCGAAAGGUCGAGGAGAAGCCCGACGCGCAUUCGAUCAGCUUGCACGACGUCAAGCCCCAGCUGCCCAGCCGCAUGACGAUUGACUAG